AUGUCUGCCGUCCAGACUGAGGCAUCGCGGGUGCACCCGCGUCGUCGGCCUGUCUUAAACACCGCCAUUCCCACCCUGUCGAGCGACUCGCCUGACUCUAAGAUGCCCCUGAAGAAAGGAGAGACUUUCCAUACCCCCACUUCUCCUCCAUCGAGCGAUCGCGACCCUGUCUUGAACUUCCGCUCUCUACCUCAUCGCUCGGCCACUUCGUUGGAAGCCAUCGCUGUUGCCGAGGAGCGCAUGACUUCCAUCCUAGGCCGUCUGACUCUGGAACCUACCGAAGAUCAGAGCCCUGAGGUUGCUAGCGGUGAGAGUCUGAUGGAGAGUGGGUUGGUGCGCAGUAACUCCAAAUCCAUGUCUAACUCCCCACGCUCCUCAAGUGAAGAGGGCCGCAGCAUUCCCAUCCCACUAGAUGAGAAAAAGGCCCACCAACAGCAUAGCCACGAGUCCGAUAGUGGACUAGGGACCUCUGUCAGUAGCGAAGAGGGGCUGGCUGACUCGCAAACUAAAGUGAAUGAUGGUAUUCACGACAAUCAAUCUGCCAUUACAAGCUCUAUUUCGGCUUUUGAUACUGGGUCGUCACCAAAACGUCAAUUAGGCCCUGCCGCCUGCAAACAGAUUGAACGUUUUGUGCUCGUUCCUAUUUUGAAAGAACCCCGCUUGAAACCAUUCCAUCCACUGGUCCGAAGCGUUCCCCAGCGCAUCAUCAAUAAGCAGAUUGUGUGUCUGCGUGACCUCGAGAAAACCCUAUUGUGGUUGGCACCGAACUCCGCUACUUCUCGGAAUUCCUAUCUCAACUUUUGCGAGUUUACGAUCCAGUGCUUGCACACUUCGACUUCGCACCUCAACGAUCGUGAUCAACGACUACCGGCGGAUCGACCUUACACUAACGGAUACUUCCUUGAUCUCGUUUCGCAGGUUCGAAGAUACGCAGCGAUGGUUCGCGCUGAACGCGAACGAGUCCAGGUGACUCAGGGCUCCGAGUCUAACAAUGAGUCUAACAAGGAGUCUAAUCCUUCUGCCAUCCCGAAGGCUACCCUGGCAGGUGGUCUGUCUAAGAAUGGGAAAUCUGCCGAACUUGUUAUCAUGCAAGAUGGAAAGCAAAUUUCCAUGGCCACGGGAAAGCCUUACGAGGCGGAUGCUCCUGGUGCUGCCAAGCGUACUAUCACUCUUGACGAUGCGGUCGAUGAGGGCGUUGAGCGCUCUAUGGCCCGCCGCAAGAAGGAUGCUCCUCCCAUGAACAUCAAUCAAAAGUGCGCCGACUGCGACAAGGUCUUCAAGCGUCCUUGUGACUUGACGAAACACGAGAAGACCCAUACUCGCCCCUGGAAGUGCGAGUACUCAGACUGCAAUUACCACACCAAGGGUUGGCCCACCGAGAAAGAACGUGAUCGUCACAUGAAUGACAGACAUUCGGACAAGCCCACUCUCUACAAGUGUCAAUUCCACAAGUGCCCCUAUGCUUCAAAGCGCGCCAGCAACUGCAAACAGCACAUGGAAAAAUCCCAUGGAUGGGUUUACGUUCGAUCAAAGAACAAUGGCCGCAAUGGCAGCAAUAGCAGCAAGCGAGGCUCUUCUGUCCAGGCCACUCCUCAGACUCCCAGUGUUUCCACUCCUGCUUCGAAGGCGACCGACUUUGCCUCUCCAAUCCCUGGCCCCAGUCCUUCUCCUAGCGACCAGAACUACAACUGGCCUGAGAAUCCUCAGUUCAACUUUGCUGACCCUCCCCCGCUUGCUCAUGGGGAGGAUUUCCCCUAUUCGGAGAAACAUCUCCCUAUCUGA